UGUCUUAUACUCUAACAUGAGUUUCACGCGCUUCUCCUCCGCCCACUAAACUCAUUCACCGGCCGCUGAAGUUCAGAGCUACUUCAUCCAGCUGGAGGGAGAGACGAGGACUGAGUCGCAACCUGAACAAACUGGACCAUGUUCGGUAGGAGAUCGUUGUUAGCGGCUCUGCUAGCUGUAGCUGUUGGACUUUACCUGCUGCCGUCUCCGAUAGACCCCAAACCACAUGUACUGAAGGGGCCUCCUCCGCUCCUCGAGGGUCCGCUGGCUGUAAACACGAGACUGCAGAAGGGUCGCAGGCUGUUUACAGGAGAACUACACGGACCAGAAUCCUUCACUGCAGAUGAGGAGGGUAAUGUGUACACAGGAACAGUGGACGGGAAGCUGUGGAGGAUCAGUCCAGACGACAGCCUCACCCUCGUCACACACAUGGGACAGAACUUACCUGAAUGUGGUAGCAGCACAGACUUCGAGCCGCUGUGUGGUCGACCUCACGGCGUCCGUCUGGACCGCCACGGUCAGCUGAUCGUCGCUGACUCGUACUUCGGGCUGCACAGCGUCGACCCAGACACUGGAGAGAAGACUCUGCUGCUGGGGAACUCUCAGGGUGCUGAUGGCAUUCCUUUUGCCUUCCUGAACGGUCUGGAGAUCUCCUCUCAGACGGGGGUGAUUUAUUUCACAGACUCGUCCAGCCGUUGGGGACGCAGACACGUCAAACUGGAGGUGAUCGAACUGAACCACCUCGGUCGUCUCCUCUCCUUCGACCCCCAAACUAAAGACGUGAAAGUUCUCCUGGAUUCUCUCUACAUGCCCAACGGCAUCGCUCUGUCGCCUGAUGAAGACUUCCUGUUACUGGCAGAGACCAGCAUCGGACGCAUACUGAGAUAUUGGCUGAAGGGCCCGAAGGCGGGUUCUAAGGAGAUCCUCAUGGACAACAUGAUCGGUUACCCUGAUAACAUCCGCCUCAGCGACCACGGAACAUUCCUGGUUGGCAUAACAACGACGCGGUUCCGGAAGCUCAUGCCUCCCUUCCUUGAUCUCAUCGCCCCGUAUCCCGCCAUCAAACGCUUCCUGGCCAAGGUGAUUCCUCUGAACUUGUACAACGUCAUCCUGCCGCGCUACGCUCUGGUCUUAGAGCUGGGAUUGGACGGUCAGAUCGUAGGAACGCUCCACGACCCCGAAGGCCGCCUGACGUGGGCCGUCAGCGACGUCUUCCAGCACCGAGGGAGGACCUACCUGGGCAGCACGGACCUGCCCUUCCUGCCCGUCCUGGAGGGGUGGGAGAGCUGAUGAUGGAGCGCAGCUGAACUGAAAGUAGGAGUUUAUAUUUUUAUCUUUGGGAUUAAUGGACCUGGACAUCGUGGUUUCAGCCCGGACUUUGACUUUGUCUGACUUUGACUGUUUGAAGAUUUGAGAUGAAACAAAAGAGACGCAGUCUGAUGGAAAAAUACAAAAACUGUUUGUACCUCUGUGAGAAGAUGCUGAUGUGAAAAUCUACUGGGAUUCAGACACUGUGGACUUCUCUGACACAAACAAUCGAUGAACUUACCGCAUUUGAAGCAUUGACCGUCUAUAAAGAUGGACGGCACGCCUGUUUGUCUCACUGUCGUACAGAAGUGAAGCCAAAAUAACCAAAUAUUGACAUAUUGUGCAUUUGGAACAUAACCUGUCCCCUUACUAACCAAAACAUGCAUUUAACUUACCUGAUAAGAGCUGUCAUGUUGUCUAUGUUUUCAUACAUGCUAUGAAUUUAACUGAUGGAGGGAUGAAAUAUUAACACCUUAGACUUUAAAGCAUAAAUCAAACACUGGAUUAUUCAACCUUUCUUAAAACUGGAAUAAAACUGGAAUAAAACUUA